AAAAGUUAACCAUGAGACUAAAGAAAAUAUCAUUAGUCGACGUCACUGGGUCCCUCCAUAUGAGUAGCGUGGCACUUAGGCAUUUCAGCAUAUAAAUGUGUAAUAGUUGAGACUUGGAUCUCUUUCAGUGGAAACCACUACUGAGCUUUGGUUGCUUUAAUAAUGGAGGACAAGUCCCGAAUCGAAAUUCCAAGAGUGAAGCUGGGAAGCCAGGGUUUGGAGGUUUCUAUUUUGGGGUUAGGGUGUGCCGGUCUCUCUGGAUUACUAAACGCUCCUCUAUCUCAUGAAGCUGGGAGUUCAAUUAUAAAGGAAGCUUACAAUAGGGGUAUAACCUUCAUUGAUACAGCAGAUAUUUAUGGGCAUAAUCAUGACAAUGAACUCAUGGUUGGCAAGGCUCUAAAGCAGCUUCCACGUGAAAAAGUACAAUUAGCAACAAAAUUUGGUUUUACCACAUUAGAGGAUGGUCAGCUUGGGAUCAGGGGAACCCCUGAGUAUGUGAGGGAAUGCUGUGAGGCUAGUCUUAAACGGCUGGAUGUUGAGUAUAUUGAUCUGUAUUAUCAGCAUCGUGUUGACACUUCAGUGCCAAUAGAGGACACUAUGGAGGAGCUGAAGAAGCUAGUAGAGGAAGGAAAAAUUAAGUACAUUGGGUUGUCAGAAGCUAGUCCAGACACAAUAAGAAGAGCUCAUGCAGUUCAUCCCAUCACUGCCUUGCAAAUGGAGUAUUCUUUAUGGACCAGGGAAAUCGAAGAUGACAUAAUUACCCUUUCUCGAGAGCUUGGCAUUGGCAUUGUUGCAUAUAGUCCUCUUGGUCACGGCUUCUUUGGCGGGAAGGCAGUUGUAGAGAGCCUGCCCAGUGAGAGUCUGUUGGUUUCACAUCCAAGGUUCACCCGAGAGAAUUUAGAGAAGAACAAAGUCAUAUAUUCCCGACUAGAGAACCUGGCUGUGAAGCAUGCCUCCAAUCCUCCCCAGUUAGCUUUGGCAUGGCUUCUCCAUCAGGGAAAAGAUAUUAUCCCAAUAUUUGGGACAACAAAAGUUCAGAACUUGGAUAACAAUAUUAGAUCCUUGGCUGUAAAGCUUACAAAAGAGGAUUUGAAAGAAAUCUCUGAUGCUGUGCCCGUUGAUGAAGUAGCCGGUGAAAGAGAGCAUUCUCUUACUUCUAAAUAUGCCUGGAAGUUUGCAGAUACCCCAUCAAAAUAAUUGUAGACAAUAGAAACAAACAGGGAAAAGCAAUAAUUCUGCUUCGCAUAGUUCCAUAAACAUGGUUGGAUUUGUAGCACUGCAUGGAUUCUAAUGAAGGAUGCAUAUAAUUUACUUCAAACAAAUUAUUUCUUUUGUGAAAUGAAAAUGAUAUACAUCUUUUUAUGUA